UAGGUGUUAGUCGUAGGCUAAUGCCGAAGAGGCGAAGAUUGCCGACGUUUCCGAGGAAUGGGACUCGGGGAGUCUCGUUUCGGAUCUGAAAGAUUUUCUUCGCAAAAGGGUAAUCAUUAGGAAGGCGUCGAUUGAGCUGACGAGGCAUCCGUGCCCAAGGGGUUUAGGGGACUUUGAUCGAAGAUCACUUAUCUAAUCGGUUUUGUGAAGGUUUCAUGGCGAUUCCUUCUGAACAGGGAACGAGCAUUUGCGCUCACUGUGACAGAGCUAUCCUGGCUCCUAAUAUUGAUUUACAUUAUGCACACUGCUCGCGGAACCUAGAGAGAUGCAAAGUUUGUGGGGAUAUGGUUCCAAGAAGGCAUGUCGAGGAGCAUUACUUAAAUGCCCAUGCUCCGGUAGCUUGUUCACUAUGCAGUGAGAUAGUAGAUCGAGAAAUUUUAGCAGUCCAUAAGGGUGAAAACUGCCCUCAAAGGAUUGUAACUUGUGAAUACUGUGAGUUUCCAUUGCCUGCAUUGGAUCUCUUCAGGCAUCAGGAAGUAUGUGGGAAUCGAACCGAAUUAUGUCAUCUGUGUAGCAAAUAUAUUAGGCUGCGUGAACAACUUGACCAUGAAAACAGUUGUCCUGGUAGUCUAGAUAUUGCGGCAGGGCCUUCAAGAGAAAUAUCAAAGGCUAGUUGGGAAGCUCAUUUUUUUGUCCUUGGCUCAUCCAGAUAUUACUUAUGCAGUGGAGGUAGUGAGUCAGUUUAUGUAUGCUCCCACGACUCUGGUACUUGAAUUCCUCUCUAGGAAAAUGACUACUUUUUGCCAAACAUAACCACAUGAGGAUAGAAGACUUCACUGAUGCAGAUUGGGCUGGUUCAGUCUCUGAUUGAAGAUCUACUUCAGGUUAUUGCACAUUUGUAUGUGAAAACCUAGUUAUAUGGCGGAGCAAGAAACAAGUUGUGGUGGCUCGGUCUAGUGCAGAGGCAGAAUUUUGAGCCAUGACUCAUGGCGCGUGUGAACUUCUCUGGUUGAGAAGGCUGGUCCAAGAGUUGGGAUUUGAUACUGAGACACCUAUGAGGCUUUAAUGUGACAACAAGGCUGCCAUAAGUAUCGCCUAUAACCAUGUGCAACAUGACAGGACAAAGCACAUAGAGGUGGACAGACAUUUCAUUAAAGAGAAGAUUGACACUGGUUACAUAUGCACACCUUUUGUGAGGACUGGAGAUCAACUGGCUGAUAUCUUUACAAAGGGUCUUCUUCAUCAUCAGUUUAGUUCUCUAUUGUCCAAGCUGGGAAUACAUGAUAUUUAUUCUCCAGCUUGAGGGGGAGUGUUAGAGAUAUUAGUUAUAUUUCUGUAAGGGUAGUUUAGUAAUUUGUCGUUAUAUGUUUUAUUUUCAUUUCUCUCCUUAGGGAGGUAUGUGUAAUAUCGUGUAAAUAUAUUAGUAAAGUAAUAUAUUGGUGUUAGUGAGACUUUACUCACAACACACACAUUCUACCA